AUGUCGAUCUUUGCGUGGUGCAGCCGGCGCGCCGGUGGCCUAGCCAUGCUGGCAACUAUUGGCCUCUCGUACUGGGUCAUCUCGAGCGAGCUCCAGGCGCAACGGCAUGGCUACAAAUAUGCCUCAGACGACAGUCUUAGUGCGCCGCAUUACGACCCGAGUCGAUGGGGCAGCUGGGUCACGAUAUUCUCGUACUACUGUCUGCUCAUCCACUUUCUCGUCUUCAUCUUUCCGCUUCGCUCCUGCUGGGCCGUCUUCACCAUCACCCGAAAUCUGCGAAAGGCUGCGCGCACCAGGGCCCUGAAAGAUCUCAAGUUCAACCACCGCCGCCGUGGCUCGUCGACCUCGCUCUCCAGCUCUGAAACGUUGACCUCGUCGCGGGACAUCAGUUCUACCUCGAGCAGCGAAGCCGGCGACCUUGACCCCGAGGCCUACACCGACGGCGACAUUGCCCCCGACCGCGUCAUUCACGCAAUUGUCAUCCCAAACUACAAGGAGGAGAACGACACGUUGAGGGAGACCCUCGAGGUUCUGGCCUCGCACCCGCAGGCGCGCAACACCUACGAUGUCUACCUUGCGAUGGAGCAGAGAGAGCGCAAUGCGGAGACCAAGGCCGCCCGGCUCACCAAUGAGUUCUCCAAGAAGUUCCGGUCGAUCGACUUCACGGUACACCCGUCCGACAUCCCGGGUGAGCUGGCUGGCAAAGGUAGCAACAUGGCGUGGGCUGCACGGAAGCUGAGCGAGAAGUACAGCCUUGCGCAGCGCAAAGACGUGAUUGUCACGGGCAUCGAUGCCGACAGCCACCUUUCGUCCAAUUAUUUUGCCCUGGUGACGACCAUGCAUAUGGCCUAUCCCGAUAGCGCUUCCACGACCUUGUACUCGGCCCCCAUCAUUUUCGACCGCAACGCCCACAAUGUCCCCGCUAUCGUCCGGGUCGCCGACGUCUUGUGGUCUGCCGCCGGCAUGUCUGGGCUGUACAAGGGUUCCUGGAUCGCGCCCCCAACCUCGGUCUACUCUGUCCCUCUGGAGCUUGUUGAUCGUGUCGGCGGCUGGGACUGCGACUCGGAGGCCAUUGGCGAGGAUUUGCACAUGUACCUCAAGUGCUUCUUCGCGCUCAACGGCAACUUGACUGUCCGGACGGUUCUGAGUCCGGUCAGCCAGACGAACGUCACGGGCGGCGGUCGCGGCAAAGGCAUUCGUGGCAUGGUUGCCGACGUGCGCGCUCGGUACAAGCAGGCGCUCCGGCACAUGUGGGGUGCCUUGGAUACCGGAUAUGCUCUGAGGAAGGUCGUCGAGGUCUGGAGGGAGAGGAAACACACCGCGAGGGCCUUCCGUCCUCUGCACAUGUCCACGAACGACGUCUCCGAGACCUAUGUUCCGCAGUCGCAGAUUGACAGUGUGGAUGCCGAAGCGACUCCCGAGAGCGGCAUCUUCUCCGAUGUUGUGACCGACACACUGAAGGAACCCGACUGGCAGCGCAUCUUCAUCCUGUUUCACCGCCUGUUCGAGGCGCACUUCCUCCCCGUCCAGAUGACCAUCCUUGUCGUUGCGUCGACCCUUUACGUGUGGAUCACCGAGGGCAAUUCCGACCCGCACGGCGUUUCCUGGAUCUUCAGCCUUUGCAAUGUCCUUCGGACCGCCGGUUUCAUGGAGGUUGCGCUUUACCUCUUCCUUUACGAGGACUUCCACAAGAUCUGCGUCGAAUCGCGCGAAAUCGAGAUGGGCGAUGCUGGCCUGUUGAAGGGCAUGCACUUCUCGCGGAGACAAGUCAAGACGAACCUGAUCGACUACAUCAUGGUCCCGCUGGUCGCGCCGAUUUUUGGGUCGAUCCCGUGCGCCCAGGCUCAAAUAUGCCAUUUCUGGACUUUGGACCUGGUAUACACGGUAAGCAAGAAAGUCACGCGGGAGAGAGCGAAGUCCGUGACAGCGGAUGCUUUGGUAUAA